GCCAGCACCGGGAGGAGCCGCCGCCGCCACGCGUGACCCGCCCCACGUGGCCGCUCACGUGAGCGCCGCCGCCCCACGCGACGGCGCCAUGUCGGGGCUGCGGGCGGUGGCGGCCGCGGGCGGGGGGGGUUCGUUGUUCCGGCCCCUCAGCGCCGAGGACGGCGAGCAGCGGCCGGCGGAGAUCGAGUCCUUGUGCAUGAACUGCUUCCGCAACGGGGUGACGCGGCUCCUGCUCACCAGGAUCCCCUUCUUCAAAGAGAUCAUUGUCAGCUCCUUCGCCUGCGACAGCUGCUCCUGGUCCAACACUGAGAUCCAGUCAGCAGGCAGGAUCCAGGAGCAGGGUGUGUGCUACACCCUGGCUGUCACCUCCCGGCAGGACAUGAACAGGGAGGUGGUGAAGACUGACUGUGCCACGGCUCGAAUCCCCGAGCUGGACUUUGAGAUCCCUGCCUUCACCCAGAAGGGAGUUCUGACCACCAUUGAAGGGAUAAUCAGCAGAGCUGUCGCUGGCCUGGAGCAGGACCAGCCCAUCCGCAGGGCAACAGAUGAAGAGGUGGCAAGGAAAAUAGACGAGUUCAUCAGCAAACUGAAGCAGCUGAAAGAAGUACAUUCCUCCUUCACCUUUAUCAUAGAUGAUCCUUCAGGGAACAGCUUCGUGGAGAACCCCCACGCGCCGCGCAAGGACGAGGCCCUGGUGGUCACUCACUACAGGAGGAGCCCCCAGCAGGCUGCCAUGCUGGGGCUGGAGGGAGAGGAGCCGGCUGAGAAGGCAGCGGAUCCUGCCGAGGAUCUGAGGAACGAGGUGCUGCAGUUCAACACCAACUGCCCCGAGUGCAAUGCUCCAGCCAGCACCAACAUGAAGCUGGUCCAAAUCCCACACUUCAAGGAAGUGAUUAUCAUGGCCACGAACUGUGACUCCUGUGGGCACAGGACGAAUGAGGUGAAGUCUGGAGGAGCAAUCGAGCCACAAGGCACCAGGAUAACCCUUCGGAUCACAGACCCUUCUGACAUGACGAGGGACAUCCUAAAGUCAGAGACCUGCAGCGUGGAGAUCCCAGAGCUGGAGUUCGAGCUGGGGAUGGGAGCACUGGGGGGAAAGUUCACCACGCUGGAAGGGCUGCUGAAGGACAUCAGAGAGCUGGUGGAGAGAAACCCCUUCACCCUCGGGGACAGCUCUGCACCUGCCAAAACAGAGAAGCUGCAGGAGUUCAUUGGGAAGCUGCAGGAGGUCAUAGAGGGAAAGAGCAACGUUCACUUCAUCAUGGAUGACCCUGCAGGCAACAGCUACCUUCAGAAUGUCUACGCCCCAGAGGAGGACCCGGAGCUGCAGGUGGAACGUUACGAGCGCACGUUUGACCAGAACGAGGAGCUGGGGCUGAACGACAUGAAGACAGAGGGGUACGAGGCUCCGGGCCGGUAGCCGGGAGCAGCCGGGCCCUGCGGCCCCCCCCGCGCCGGGAGCCGGGACUGGUGGGAGCAGCGGCGGGUGCCCGGGGGCUGCCCGGGGCGGCCUGCGGAGCGUGGGGGCUGAGGGAGAGAAACGGGGGGUCCUGGGGCUGCGACCCCGAAUAAAAGAGGUGAUGGAG